AUGGUAAAACUUUUUCGAAAAUCAGCAUUAGAGCAAAUCACAUGUACCCAGGUGAUGAGGAUACAACAAGAUGCUAAACACUAACGCUAGACCAGUUAAAACAGGAAGUUUAUUUACAUGAGCUGAUACAGUGGGCAAGGUCGAAAAGCUCUAUGAAGGUGUUUCAAAGAGAGAUUAACCGUCCAAGACGCGAAGCUUUCCUUCAUCAUGUCAGAUGCUAAAGUUAAGGAAGAGUUAGGAGUUAGGAGAGAAGAAACAGAGGCUGAUGCAAUCAAGAUGACAGGACAGUCUCAAGUCUACACUGCAACCAGAGACACACUUUUUCAAAAGAAGAUAAAUCAUACUAGAACAAAUGCAUUGUCACUAGAAUGGGUAUUUGGGAAGAACCCUACUCUUCCUGCCUUCAGUCUGCAAGACCACAAUCAGCUGGUGGUCCUCUAUGCUGCAGCUCAUGUAGGGGUCAUCUGCAACCACACGACAAACUCCCAGCACAUACUUCAGGGUCACUGCAGCUCCAUCUCAUGUAUGUGUGUGAGUGAAGACAGACGCUGGAUUGCAACAGCAGACCAGGGACCUCAAAGCACAGUGAUGAUAUGGGACUCCUACUCUGGAAUUCCUGUGCAAACAUUGUUUGAUUGCCACCCCCAGGGGUGUGUCAUUGCAAUGGCAUUUUCAGGAGACAUGCAACAUCUGGUAACCCUUGGAGCUGAAGAAGUACAGUGUGUGUGUAUUUGGGAUUGGACAAAUGAAACAGAUAAGCCUUUAUGGUUUACUGAACUCGAUCCUAAACACGGUUUCCAAGUUUAUGUCAUUUUUAAUCCAAACGAUCGCACUCAGCUGCUCAGCAGCAGUGAAAGCCAGGUGUUAUUUUACAGAAGUUCUGGGGGAAGUCUGCAAUACUAUGCCCUGAAGGUUCAGAAGGAUUUUGAUGAAGCCACCCAGGGAGCUGAUGAUUCUGUAUUUACUUCUCCUGUCACCUAUCAAACUGUCAACAUAGCUGGCGGGUCACUGAGCCAGUCUGUGUUUCACUGGAGAAAACCUCAGAUCCUGACUGCGACUGCAGGAGGCAGUGUUCUGGUGUGGAAUCUGAUGGACGACUUUGCUGCAAACCAAAACCUCACCAAAAAAAGAAUCAGAGUCUGCAUCUGUCAGAAAGAACCAAUCACUGCUCUCACCGUAACUGACGGCUAUAUCGUGACUGGUGACACUAAAGGCCACAUCAAGUUUUAUGAUGACAAAUUCCGGAUUCUCAACCACUACAGUGAAUUCAAACUGGAUCCUAUUGUUUCCAUUUCCUUUUCCAAAGAUUGUACAGAGGGAUACUUGCAGGAAUGCUAUUUGGAGGCAAAACCAUUUAUCACCAGGAACUUUGUUGUGUCCACGGCCAGUUCCACAGUGGUACAUGUGAAUGCACAGAAACGCACCUCUCAAAUCCUGCUACAUGAGGAUUGUGAGCCUGUACAUGCAGUGGCCUGCCACCCCAAACAGCCGACUGUGGCCACAGGCAAUCAAAAGGGUCUUUUAAAAGUGUGGGACUAUAGCAGCAAAGUGAAGAUCUGCAGCAGGGUCUUUGAGACAGAGAAGCAGAUUCAGUGUAUCACUUUUGACCCACAAGGAUUAUACAUGGCAGUUGGCUUUGGCAGUGGAGCUGUUCACGUACUGAAUCCCAACACUUUACAAAGUGAUCCAGAGGAGGCUUUCCAUUACACUAAAGACAGCAUCCAGCACAUCACUUUCUCCUCAGACUCAAAGUAUCUUGCCACUGCGGAUGCUGGAAAAGCAGUGACGGUAUUCCGCUUGCAGACGAAUAAAGGAUCCCGGCCACGUUGGACAUAUAUGGGCAGAUACCGCUCCCACUACAAGCCAAUCACAGACCUUCUUUUUGGGGUUCACCUGGACAGCACCCAACCCAGACUGCUCUCUCUGGGAAUGGAUCGCAGACUGGUGGAGUAUGACCUGGAAAACAGCGAUGUGAAUAAGCUUCUCAUCCUAAGCUUGGAACGCAUAGAGCAAAUUGCUGUGCCAAUGUGCAUGACUUGGUAUCCUCCCCUCACUGCAGAGCAGUUUCUUCUCGUUGCCUCAGACCAGUACAAGAUGAAGCUUUUCAACAGCACUACCAAGAUGUGCAGAAAGACCCUUCUUGGCCCAACAUAUGGCUCUUCUGUUAAGAAAACAGUGGUCCUUCCCAUGUCUAAAGAACCUGAAACAAACUCAUAUUACCUGGCAUACAUCACAGAGGACAAGGUGGGUCUCCAGAUUUUGCCUCUGGAUGGGAACCCCUACAAGUCCAACGCUUUGAUCUGCCAUCCGACAGGGGUGUCCACUUUUGCCUGCUCCUACGACAGCAAAUUUGUCUUCACUGUAGGAGGAUCUGACUGCACUGUCCUGUCGUGGGAGAUAAGCUUAAAUGCAUUGGAGGCUGCAGCUGCUUUGGGAGGAAAGGACCUGAUGCCCUUUUACACUCUUUUAGAUGGAGGCAGAGAUGGCAAGUUCUACAGGGAGAUGGAGGACUUUUUCUAUUACUGCCAAGUCCGUCAUCAAGGCACUAACUCAGUCGAGAAACGACAGUUGUCCACCAAAAUCCCCCUGUCAGAGGUUCCCACUCUAAUGAGAGCUUUGGCCUACUUCCCUACUGAGCAAGAGAUAGAAGAUAUGCAUAACGAGGUUAAGUUCAGCAAAUAUGCAGAAACAGGAAAAUAUGUGACUGACAUCGACCUGGAGGAGUUUAUCAAACUGUAUGUCAACCACCGGCCAGCGUUCGGAAUCUCUAGCGAUGAGCUUGCUCAAGCUUUUCACAUCCUUGGUGACUCUGAUAAUACAGGACAGCCUGUUCUGCAGAGACAUGAACUGCUAGAACUUUUACAGGCUCGAGGAGAACACAUGACAGAGGAAGAGGUGGCCGAGUGUUUCACAACACUUUUAGGCCUCGGUGAAGAGGAAGAAGAAGAAGCAGGAGGAGGAGGAAGGGAACAUUCUGAGCCUGACAUUUAUAAAUCUGACAGAGAUACAGAGUAUUCACUGGAGUGUGCGAUCCCAGAUGAGGUGUCCAUUGAGACGUUUACAGGUCACAUCCUGGGCUUCCCGUCCUCCGGUGAGCAGAGUGGCGGGACUUCUUUUUCAAAGUGAUUAAAAGCAAACUGUCUGCUCCUCUAAGAAGUUGUGUUGAUGGAAU